GCCAAAGCAAAGAUGGCGGUGCCCUCGGUGUCUGAGUCAAACUCACAAAGUCAACCGGCCGCCACUAUCCCGUUUGACUUUUCACGGCCUCCCGUUAUCGCGGGCUUUAGUCCUUCGACGGAAAUCAAACGGGAGACCUUCCAGGAAAAAUUUAUUCGAAAAACAAAGGAGAAUCCGUUCGUCCCUAUUGGUUGUUUGGGCACACUGGCAGCGCUGACAUUUGGUCUCCGCUCCUUCCAUCAAGGCAAAACCAGACAGUCCCAGCUGUUGAUGAGGACCCGAAUCCUUGGUCAAGGCUUCACUGUAGUUGCCAUUAUCAUUGGCGUGUUUGCAGCAUCUUGGAAACCCAAGCAGUGAAGCCACACUAUUCCAUACCUCUGUGAUCCAAAUGAACUCAUGUCAGUUUAUUCAGAUGUCAGUCUUUAAGCCAACAAUAUUUAUUUUGUGAACACAGUGAGCUGUUAACAGCACUAGAUAAUCAGAGCGGAGGAAUGAAAGGAGCCAGAGUUCAGCUCUACUUAUUUUGUAAAAAGUAACAAAGCUAAACAUAGAUGAACAAUGAAGUGUUUAUUAUGCUGUUUAUGAUGGCUGAAAAACUCAACUGUUCUUAAUGUUUUUGUCCUUUAAAUUUAUGGAAAUAAAUGUCUGCAUUCUAAUAUGUCACCGCA